AGGAAGGAAGGAAGGAAGAAUUGGAUAGAGAGGACAGAGGUUGGUGCCCAACAUCUUGGUUGAAGCCAAGACUCCAGAAUCUCUUAGGGUCAGCAUCAGGAUGUACUUGGAAAGCUGCCCAAAGGAACAGGAGAGAAUCUUUGAAGAUAGUUCUAUUAGGUCCUAAUUGACUGAUUGAGCGAAUAAGGGCCACAGAGGUCACACACUAAAGUGGAGUGGGUUUUAUUUAGAGCGGUUUGGUGGGUUUAUUUAGAGGAUACAGCUGAGAGAAGAGGCGGAUCCGCCUGCGUGUAGUUUAACCGGCCUAAUCACACCACGGUUUUGGUUCCCAGUCGACCCUGCAAAAUGGAAGGACCAGGGUAGGGCGGGCAGAACAAGAGGAACUACAUUUCCCAGCAGGCCGUGGGGGUCUGGGACUCCGGCCAUUCCUGCCGGCCCGAGUGGAGUCACAACUCUGGUCUCCGGUCCCGGGGUGGCAGAAGCAUGGAUGUCGACGGCCGGUGGCGGAGCCUGCCUAGCGGGCCAAGCCUAAAGCAUUUGACCGACCCUUCGUACGCGAUUCCCCCGGAGCAGCAAAAGGCGGCGUUGCAGGACCUAACGCGGGCGCACGUGGACUCCUUCAACUACGCGGUGCUGGAGGGGCUGAGCCACGCGGUGCAGGCCAUACCACCCUUUGAAUUUGCUUUCAAAGAUGAGCGCAUCUCUCUUACUAUUGUGGAUGCUGUCAUCAGUCCGCCAUCGGUGCCCAAAGGGACCAUCUGCAAAGAGCUCAGCGUUUAUCCAGCCGAGUGCCGGGGCCGGAGGAGCACCUACCGCGGGAAGCUGACGGCUGACAUCAGCUGGGCAGUGAAUGGAGUCCCCAAAGGGAUCAUUAAACAGUUUCUCGGCUAUGUUCCCAUCAUGGUAAAGUCUAAGCUUUGCAACUUGUGCAACCUUCCUCCUCAAGCCCUCAUUAAGCACCAUGAGGAGGCAGAGGAAAUGGGAGGUUAUUUUAUAAUCAAUGGCAUUGAAAAAGUCAUCCGAAUGUUGAUUAUGCCUCGGAGAAAUUUCCCCAUUGCAAUGAUAAGACCAAAGUGGAAAAGCAGAGGGCUUGGCUAUACUCAUUUCGGGAUUUCAAUGCACUGUGUGAGAGAAGAGCAUUCUGCUGUCAAUAUGAACCUUCACUAUGUGGAGAAUGGCACGGUUAUGUUGAACUUUAUUUACCGGAAAGAGCUGUUUUUCCUUCCUUUGGGAUUUGCGCUUAAGGCUCUUGUGAGCUUUUCCGAUUAUCAGAUUUUCCAGGAGCUCAUCAAAGGCAAAGAGGAAGACUCCUUCUUUAAGAAUUCUGUUUCUCAGAUGUUGAGGAUUGUCAUGGAAGAGGGUUGCUCCACUCAGAAGCAGGUCCUUAACUAUCUGGGUGAACGCUUCAGAGUGAAGCUCAAUCUUCCUGACUGGUACCCGAAUGAGGAGGCGGCCAAGUUCCUGUUCAAUGAGUGCAUCUGUAUCCACUUGAAAUCCGAUACUGAGAAGUUUUAUCUGCUUUGUCUCAUGACCCGGAAGCUCUUUGCUUUAGCCAGAGGAGAGUGCAUGGAGGACAACCCUGAUAGUUUAGUGAAUCAAGAAGUCCUUACGCCUGGUCAGCUCUUCCUGAUGUUUCUGAAGGAAAAAAUGGAAAAUUGGCUAGUGUCUAUUAAAAUAGCUUUAGAUAAGAGGGCUCAGAAGACCAACGUAUCCAUAAACAAUGAAAAUUUGUUGAAGAUAUUUAGUAUGGGAUCAGAACUAACAAAACCAUUUGAAUAUCUUCUUGCUACUGGGAAUCUGCGUUCAAAAACAGGUCUCGGCUUCCUGCAAGAUUCUGGCCUGUGUGUUGUGGCUGACAAGCUGAACUUCAUUCGCUAUCUCUCCCACUUCCGCUGUGUGCACAGAGGGGCUGACUUUGCCAAGAUGAGGACCACCACAGUGCGCAGGCUGCUUCCAGAGUCCUGGGGCUUCCUCUGCCCUGUGCAUACCCCAGACGGGGCACCGUGUGGGCUGCUGAACCACCUGACUGCCAUAUGUGAGGUCGUCACAAAGUUUGUGUACACAGCGUCUAUUCCAGCCUUGCUCUGUGGCUUAGGAGUCACUCCUGUCGAUGCGGCACCUUGUCGGCCCUACAGUGACUGCUACCCUGUCCUGCUGGAUGGCGUCAUGGUGGGCUGGGUGGACAAGGAGCUUGCUCCUGACGUUGCGGACGCUCUCCGUCGCUUUAAGGUGUUGAGAGAAAAAAGAAUUCCUCCUUGGAUGGAGGUGGUCCUGGUCCCCAUGACAGGAAAACCAAGCCUGUACCCAGGGCUGUUCCUCUUCACCACUCCCUGCAGGCUGGUGAGGCCUGUGCAGAACUUGGAACUGGGUAAAGAAGAACUCAUUGGAACUAUGGAACAGCUCUUCAUGAACGUUGCCAUUUUUGAGGAUGAGGUUUUUGCUGGAACUUCCACACACCAGGAGCUCUUCCCUCAUAGCCUGCUGAGUGUGAUCGCCAACUUCAUCCCCUUCUCCGAUCAUAACCAGAGUCCUCGGAACAUGUACCAGUGCCAGAUGGGUAAACAGACCAUGGGCUUCCCACUGCUCACUUAUCAAGACCGAUCGGAUAAUAAACUCUACCGUCUUCAGACACCUCAAAGCCCUCUAGUGAGACCGUGCAUGUAUGACUAUUAUGACAUGGACAACUAUCCAAUUGGGACAAACGCCAUUGUAGCUGUGAUCUCCUACACUGGCUAUGAUAUGGAAGAUGCCAUGAUUGUGAAUAAGGCUUCUUGGGAACGAGGCUUUGCUCAUGGAAGUGUCUACAAGUCUGAGUUCAUAGACCUCUCUGAAAAAUUUAAGCAAGGGGACGAUAGUCUUGUGUUUGGGGUCAAACCUGGUGACCCCCGGGUUAUGCAGAAGUUGGACGAUGAUGGAUUGCCAUUCAUAGGAGCAAAGCUGCAAUUUGGUGACCCCUACUACAGCUACCUAAACCUUAACACCGGGGAAGGCUUUGUGGUUUACUAUAAGAGUAAAGAAAAUUGUGUUGUGGACAACAUCAAAGUGUGUAGUAACGACACGGGCAGUGGGAAAUUCAAGUGUAUCUGUAUUACGAUACGAGUCCCUCGGAAUCCAACUAUUGGAGAUAAAUUUGCCAGCCGUCAUGGACAGAAGGGCAUUUUGAGCAGGUUGUGGCCAGCUGAGGACAUGCCUUUUACUGAGAGUGGGAUGGUGCCAGACAUUCUGUUUAACCCUCAUGGCUUUCCCUCCCGGAUGACCAUCGGUAUGUUAAUCGAAAGUAUGGCUGGGAAGUCUGCAGCUCUGCACGGUCUCUGCCAUGAUGCCACACCCUUCAUCUUCUCUGAGGAGAGCUCCGCCUUAGGGUACUUUGGGGAGAUGUUAAAGGCGGCUGGCUACAACUUCUAUGGCACCGAGAGGUUGUAUAGCGGCAUUAGCGGGAUGGAGCUGGAAGCAGAUAUUUUCAUCGGUGUGGUUUAUUACCAGCGCUUACGCCACAUGGUGUCAGACAAAUUUCAAGUUAGGACAACUGGAGCCAGGGACAAAGUCACCAACCAGCCUGUCGGGGGAAGAAACGUUCAGGGUGGAAUCCGCUUUGGGGAGAUGGAACGGGAUGCUCUCUUGGCACAUGGUACGUCCUUUCUCCUUCACGAUCGGCUCUUCAACUGCUCUGACCGCUCGGUUGCCCACGUAUGUGUGAAAUGUGGCAGUUUGCUCUCCCCACUACUUGAAAAACCUCCUCCUUCUUGGUCUGCAAUGCGCAACAGAAAAUAUAACUGCGCUGUCUGUGGCCGCAGUGACACAAUUGACACUGUCUCUGUGCCAUACGUUUUCCGGUAUUUUGUAGCUGAGUUGGCAGCUAUGAAUAUCAAAGUAAAACUGGAUGUCAUUUAACUUGAUCCCGCUGUUUGCCUUUCAGGCAAAUGCCUAGCCAGGGCCCUACGGCAGUACAUCAUAUAUAAUCUAUGCACAUGCACCGUGUGGCAGAGUAAUGUGUGAGGACCCCCUUUAAAGGCGAGCUCCACCCAUUCCUCGCUCUCUUUCCCACCGCUCCUCCUAGAGGCAAGCAGGCAGACAGGCCUUUGUGCCUCUCCCUUCCAAUCCCUCCCUCUCUUCUCUUUCUCUCCUCUCCUCUCUCCCCUCCCCUCCCCUCCUCCUCUCCUAUCCUCUUCUCAACUCUUGUCCAUCUGUCCCCCAUAAGACCUCCUUGUGAGCCCUGACACAUAGUGUGUCUGUCUGCUCUUGCCCGCCAUUUUUAACAACAUUGGUGCUGUGUGACUUGGCAGGCCAUCCUGGUGCCUCCUCCUGUCCGCUGGCAGUCUGAGGUGCACCAGGACCCUGAACCUGGUUCAUCUACAACCCCCUCUGCACAACACCGGCUACUAUGAUUGUUGACUUUCUCCUCAGGAAGGGGGUGGGGGACACCACCUUUGGGGCUUCGCUGGUCCCUUUUGCCAGCAAUCACCUCUGGCCAUUCCCCAUGAGUGAGGUCUCGUUCCUCGUCUAUCGAACCUACAUGUCCCUUGGCCCCUCCCCUCUGUGUGCCGACUCACUGGGCAGCUUGUACAUUUCUCAUCUCUUUGACCCAAACAUCCCUCGGGCUUAGCCCUGACCCCUGCUCUGUGUUUGACGAAUCACUGAACAGCCUGUGCUAUCUUAAUUGAUCCUUGCUUAAUUUCUGGGAUGCUAGAAAUUCUAAAGCCAUUGGAUCUCAGUUUUUUCGUUUUGUUUUUCCUCCUCUGCCUCACCCAUGGGGAAUAAGCCUAACAGUAAUAAAGCCCGACAUCUCCUCUGGAAUGUCUUUUAGAAAACCUCAAACCUCUAUGCUUAAUGCCCUGCUUAAAGACUUCUAAACUCAUCCGCCUUUGCACCCAGAAAUGGCCCAAAUACCACUUAGAUAACCGGUUAAAAUGGCCACCUAACGUCACUUUAGACCUCGAUAUUUUAUGGGAGCUUUCCAACUUUUGCCAGCGGACGGGUACAUGGAAGGAGUUGCCUUACAUACAAGCUUUCCAUAAAAGAAUCCAAUAUAUUACCCAAUCUUAUAGUCUCACCUUUCAUGAUAUAUAUAUGUUCCUAACUAACAACCCACUUCCUGAGGAGCACAAGCAAGUUUCGGAACAGGUUAGAAUACAUGCAGACAGAAUUCAUCAAACUAAUGCAGCAUGUCCACCCAGGGCCAAGGUGGUCCCCGAUCAAACGAGGCCCACGACGAGAUUAUAACACCCCAAGAGGUGCUCUAGCUAGAGACCAGUUUACAACCUGGCUCCUGGCGGGUCUCCGUAAGGCUGCCCUUAAACCAGUGAACUAUGAGAAACUCCCAGACUCAUAAAGGAGACUCACAGAACAAAUUUCAGUAUAACUCUACUAUUGCCUGCCCUCAGCAAUGAACCACCUGUGUCUCCUGGGUGCUAAGGUGUCACUAUGAUGAUGGGAAAGGAACAGGUACUUUAAGGUUUGGUUAGGUGGAGAUAGAAAAGCUUAACUGGUGAUAAGGAGAAUGAUUUGAGGUGUUCCAGCAGUCUCAAUAAUGUUCCAGCGCCCUCAUUGCCCACCCACUUGCCACCCCUAACUCCUCACUUUUUUAUAAUAAACAAAAGAGGGGAAUGUUAGCAUUUCAGGUAAAUACCUAGCUAGCGCCCAGGGCCUUAGGGUCCUAUGUUACCUAAUCUGUGCACUGCGUGGCUGUGUAAGCCUCCAUACACAUGCGCUAGGACCCCCUUUAAAGGCAAGCUCCGUCCAUUCCUCAUGCUCUUUCCCACCGCUCCUCACAGAGGCCAGCAGGCAGGCAGACCUUUGCGUCUCUCCCUUCCAAUCCCUCCCUCUCCUUCUCUCAACUCUUGUCUCCCUCCUCAAUAAACCCUCCACGUGAGCCCUGUUGCAUGGUGUCUCUUUCGGCUCUCGCCUGCCGUUUUUAACAACGCCGGCCAUCUGAGUGAAGAGAUUAGAACAAAAGGUGACUUUAAUCCAGUGAAGGUAUUAUGGAUUCACUCUGGAUCUAUACAAGAAUUUCAAUACUGACGCCAAGAACAGGCAGCUGAGAAUUCAAGACUUCCGUGCCUCUGAAACCUGCUGAAGUUGGUUUGUUAUAUUUGUUUAAAAAUGUUCUUAAAUGACUUCUUUACAAUGAUUUGUUGAUCAUAGAUCGUGCAGGGACACCUCCUUUCCAGGCCCAGGUUCACUGGUCCCUGCUUUCAGUAGCAGAGUUUGUCUGUCAUCAUCCAGAGCAGGGCAGUAUAAUAAACAGAAAAUGGAAGCCACAAAUGUAAUUUUUAUUUUUAUAUACAUGUAAAGUUAAGCUAUUUCAUGUAUAUAAUUUGAUGGAUUAUAACAUAGGUCUAGUCUGUGAUGUCAUCAUGGUCAAGGUAAAUAAACAUCUGUUAUCUCCAAAGUUUCCUUGUACACAUUUGGGUGGGUAGUGCAUAUGUGUAUGUGUAUGUGUGUGUGUGUGUGUGUGUGUGUGUGUGUGUUCUCUUCACAGUUCCAAGUGCACUUGUCAGCUACAAGCAGCACUCUAUUUCCCUGGCCUUCAGCAACAGCCAUUCUACUCUGUCUGUGAGUUCGGCUUUUUCAGUAACUCAUAGUGGGAUCAUGCAGGCCUGUCCAUGUUUCACUUAGCAUGGUGUCCUCAAGGUUCAGCCAUGUCUUCAAAUUGGCAAGACUUCCUCCACCUUUAAGGCUGAAUGUAUCUGACUAGUGAGCAGCUAUGGUCCUUUGCUUAUUUUUUUAACCUUUGUAUAAGUGUCUUGUACUUUGUAGGGUUUUGUGUAUAAUAUCUUAUCCAGCUGUAUUGUUCCCUGUUAAUGGGUGUUUGGAAACAUCCAUGAAAAACACCUUGAACUGGUUGAUACUUCCCCUUGCUUAAGAGAGAAGCCCAGCUUUGGACCCAGCUACCCCGUUCUCUGUCUGCCUCACAGUCCUGUGGCUGAGGUUACUGUUCACAUCUAGUGCCACAAAUAGGUGUGGUUUUGAGGGCCUUGUUGUUGAAAGUAGGAUUCACUAUGAAGCCAAGAUUGGCUAUGAACAAGUCAUCUUCCUGCCUCAGCCUCCAGAGUGGUAAAAUUGUCAGUAUGUACCACAAUGCCCAGCUAAAUUGGUUUUAUUUUGAUACAGGGUUUCUUUGUAGUCCUGGCUGUCCUCACUCUAUAGACCAGGCUAGCCUCAAACUCAGAGAUUGCCUGCCUCUGCUUCCCAAGUGCUAGGAUUAAAGGUGUGCACAAUCCCUGCCCAGCACCAGCUAAUUUUUAAAAAAAUUAACUUUUACCCUGUCUCGAAAAAACAAAAAACAAACAAACAAAAACAAAAUAAAACAAAAAUGAACUUUUGAUCUUGUAGAUUCUUUUGGUUUUUCGAGACAGGGUUUUUCUGUGUAGCUUUGCGCCUUUCUUGGAACUUACUUGGUAGCCCAGGCUGGCCUCAAACUCACAGAGAUCCGCCUGGAGUGCUGGGAUUAAAGGUGUGCACCACCAUCGCCCGGCUGAUCUUGUAGUUUCUUAACCAAUAAAUUGACAUGAAUUUAAGACAACCCCCCCAAAAAAAUUACUCAAAAUUCUCCAAUUUUAUGUAUUCUUACAUAUAGUUGCAUGGAAUAUUAUCCUCUAUGUAGAUGGGUGUUACACAUAGGACACUUCUGUUAAUAUCACUAACCCUUCAAUCCUUGUCUAUAAUAUUGAGAAAUGCUGUAAAUAGAAUCGUAAAACAUA